AUCCAGUUUCAUUUAUAUUUGCGUUUAACGAUUUUGUAAUUACCCUUAAGUGCAAUAUUAAUUCAAUGGCAGUUUUCUGUUUUUAUUCUGGCCCACUUGUAAACACAGUUGGCCGGCAUUGUGGAUGGGGAUGGAAAUCGUCAUUGUUUUGUAGCCUCGAAACCCUAAAAAAAUUGAAAAGUAUUUACAUGAAAGCUGCCAAUUCAAAUACAAAUUCCCACACCCGUGAUGUUCUUCAUAGGAUUUUUUUUUUUGUGAAUUUCGUGGUCUGUUUUUUGAAUAUGUGCAAAAAACUGGACGCUUUUUGUGAACGGUGAAAGUACUUGCGCUCCAAUAACUACGCAAAGGUUGGUGCUUCGUACUACGUAACAAAGUCCAGCUGUAAAAAUAUUUUUGAUAAGUGGCAUAUAACUUUCUGUGGUGUCCUUCGCAUCGAUGUGUUUGCCACGUGGACUAACAAUCUGCACGAUAAUCGCAGCAGGACACAAAAACGUGUCAUUAAACGACAGAUCUUUGAACUUUGCGGUGAAACAAACCGGAUUUCCUAUACUGUAUACGGUGGGUGCCAGUUAGUCUGCCAGGGUCGGUAUUUUUUGCUUGCGGCAUCGGUAAUGGGUCCACUAUAUAAGCCUGGCCAGCUGCACGCCAGUCGAAAUAGUCGGCCCUAAAAUGCUGGUCGACACGGACCUGGCCACUGGUGUGAUCCGUUCGCCGUACAGCUUUGACAUGCCCCACGCCUUCAUCUUCAAUGAGUCCCAGCACCGAGAGCCCAUCUUCUGCGGAUCCUACAUGGAGAUGGUAAAGCACUUCGCCCGAGCCCAGCACUACCAGUUGCUCCUCGAUCCGGUGGAUAGUCUGCCCAAGAAAUCGGUGCUGGAGGAGAGCCUGGCCCGCGGGGUGUACAACCUCUCGCUUCACGGGGUCACAAUGCGACCCGGCAUUAUUGGUGAGCCACCCAGCGUCACUGGGUACAGUUAUCCGCUGGAGAUGAUGACGAACUGCGUGAUGGUGCCUCUGGCACCCGAGUUGCCCAAGUGGAUGUACAUGGUGUGGCCCCUGGGCAGAUACAUCUGGACGUGCCUGUUUGUGGGCACCUUCUACGUGGCGCUGCUGCUGCGGUAUGUGCACUGGCGGGAGCCGGGGAAUGCCACCCGCUCCAUCACCCGGAAUGUGCUCCAUGCCAUGGCCAUCCUGAUGUUCAGCCCAAACAUGAACAUGACCGUUAAGCUGAAGCAUGCCUCGCUGCGGGUAAUUGUCUUCUACACGCUGCUCUUCGUCCUGGGCUUCAUCCUGACCAACUACCACCUCAGCCAUAUGACAGCCUUCGACAUGAAGCCGGUGUUCCUGCGACCCAUUGACACCUGGUCGGAUGAUCCACUCGCGGCUGCGCAUCAUCAUCCACGACACGCUGCUGGAGGAGCUGCGCUGGCUGCCGGUGGUGAACACCACCCCGCUGGAUCCGCAGUUCGAGGCGCGCAGCUGACAGGACUAUCAGACCCUGCUGGCGAGUCCUUCGCGUUCCUACGCCUAUGUGGUCACCCAGGAUGCUUGGCUGUUCUACAACCGUCAGCAAAAGGUGCUCAUUCAGCCGUACUUUCACCUGUCCCAGGUGUGUUUUGGCGGCCUGUUCAACGCCCUGCCCUUGGGCCCCAAUGCCAGCUUUGGCCCGGCUCUGGACAAAUUCAUUCUGAACGCUUGGCAGGCGGGACUGUGGAACUACUGGGAGGAGAUCGGCUUUCGCUAUGCCAAGCGAGCCGGCUACGCGAGGGUCUUCCUGGACACAUACCCCGUAGAGCCGCUGAACCUGGAGUUCUUCAACACGGCCUGGAUUGUCUUGGCUCUGGGCAUUCCCAUCAGCUCGUUGGUCUAUUGCUUGGAGCUUUUCAUCCAUCGUCGGAGGGAGAGACGCCCACAAUAUGAACGCUUUGAAUGCUAUGGUUAACUUUUGUUUAUCCAUAGCCCCUUUGGAUUUAGCUGAACUCGAUUGACAAGCACAAAUUAUCACAAAUCUAUAAUAACUUUGAAUAUACAUACAAAACAUGUGGGAUAGUAACUUUACCCAUCCUACACCCAGAGAAAAAUCACCGUAAGUCCUAAUAUUUGUACUUUGUAUUAAAUAUUAUCGGUACUGAUUUAGCCCCAAGGGAGUUUUGUUUAAAUUAAAGU